UUCACUCAUCAACAUACAGGGUUUUAGACUCUGCCUGCUUAGGUUUUGUAAAGGAAUUUUUAUAAUAUAAUCAUGAAAAUGGUCAGGAGUAAUCUAAACCAUUGGUGUUGCUAGUCGGCUGUACGAGCAUGUUUUGGUCUUUGUUGCUCCACCUUUUCAAAAUAAGUUCCUGUUCCUUUAAAGGAUCUCUCCAAAAUUCACCGUAGUGACGUUGCGUAUAUUCCAUAUUCAGAGAAAGUCCAGUGGCGGAGUGUGGAAUCUCCUACUAGAGAGCGGUUCUCCUCCGAGUGCUGAGCAAAAAGCAGAAGAUUUUUUUCAUCAUGGACACAGAUAAACAUCCUGAAUUCAUCACCCCAGAGGAAAAUGGAAUGGACGUUUGCAGUGAUGUUGCAGAUGUGAAGCCACAGGAGGAGAAAGAAGAGAGGGAGGAUAACUCAUUUAGCGAGAAUGGAAUGCAGGGUGCCGAAGGUGUGACAGAUCCACGUGUGAUAAAGACUGAGGCAGAGGAGAUAGAAGACAGCGAAGAGUACCCCAAGGCUGCAAAAGAAACAGAGAUUGUACCAAAAGAGGAAGCAGAGGGUGCUAGUGAAGACGGGAUGGAGGAAGGAUUUGAUGAUCAGAGGACAGAGGAGGACGACGAUGAUGAGGAGAGGGACGGGGAGGGGGAUGAGGAGGGAGAUACCCUGAAUGAGCCACAGGACCUGUCACUGGUGGACUAUUCGCGUUACGACAGCGCGGCCCUGCCAGACGCCCACGCAGAAGCAGCAGCUGGUGCAGAGGGGACCUAUGUGCCUGGAGCCGUGGCACCCCGCAUCCAGACGGCAGGCAAGCUCAACUGUGACAUCUGCGGCCUGUCCUGCGUCAGCAUCAACGUACUGCUGGUGCACAAGCGCAGCCACACGGGUGAGAGGCCAUUCCACUGCACUCAGUGUGGGGCCUCCUUCACCCAGAAGGGAAACCUGCUUCGCCACAUCAAACUGCACUCCGGGGAGAAGCCUUUCAAAUGCCCGAUGUGCAGCUACGCCUGCCGUCGACGUGACGCCUUGAGCGGGCACCUGCGCACCCAUUCUGUAGAAAAACCUUUCAAGUGCAACCACUGUAGUCGCAGCUACAAGCAGCGCAGCUCCCUGGAGGAGCACAGAGAGAGGUGCCAUGUGUACAUUCAGAGCAAAGGUCCCGCUGAGAGAGCAGAGGACGGCCAGACAUCCAGGACUCAGAUGGGCACUGAGCGUGCUCUGCUGCUCGACAGGCUCGCCAGCAACGUAGCCAAGCGGAAGAGCUCAAUGCCACAGAAGUUCACCGGCGACAACGGUGUCUGCCUGGACCUGAGUUUUAACAGGGAGCUGGUCCACCGAACUGACAUCAAGGACCCUCCGCCGGGCUCCCCAGGGCCCGACACCCACCAUCAGUCCAUCCUCACAGGGCCAGAGGGUGACCCCACUCCCUCCCACAGGCCCUACCCCAUCCCAUUAAGCCGCAAUGACAUCAGCCCCAUGGGCCUCACCAACGGCCACAAGAUGGGCAUGCCGCUCCUAGGCCUCGCCCAUGCCGCCCAGCCACCCCUCAGCAUGGACUCGUUCCACACCGACGGCUCCCAGAUGUCCCAGCCCGUCAUGUACAGCUUAGGGCACCUGCUGGGAGGGCUGAACCACCAGAACGGCAUCCCUCACCCACACACCCAGCCCAUCCCGUUGUCACCGCUGGAUGCUUUACGGGUGGUUCGGGCUGACGGGGAGGCAGGAGCGCUGCCCGGGGCGGUGUACCCCUGUGGCCACUGCCGGGUGAUCUUCCUGGACUAUGUCAUGUUCACUAUCCACAUGGGGUGCCACGGCUUCCGCGACCCACUCGAGUGCAAUGUGUGUGGACACCGCAGCCGGGACCGUUACGAGUUCUCCUCCCACAUAGCCCGUGGCGAGCACCGCCUAGAAGUGAAGUAGCUUUCAUUCAUGCAGACGUUCAUGCUUACACACACACACACACACACACACACACACACACACACACACACACACACAUGCUCAGACAGAUAUCAGUGUAUGAGCACACACACAGAUUUACUCAUAUAAGUAGCUGGUAGUAUCAGAAAUGAAAGCAUGAAGUAGCAGCUAUCUCUCUCUCUGUAUGUUGUGUGUGUGUGUGUGUGUGUGUGUGUGUGUGUGUGUGUGUGUGUGUGUGUGAGAGAGAGAGAGACGUUAUAACAGUGUGGCUGGUGUCAGAGCGUUCUUAGUCAUCCUGUACUCAUCUGAAAAGAUGGCCUGUAAAGUGUUUAUGUAUUUGAAUUUAGUAAUUCAGUAACAUUUGUACUUAUGAUCCCUGCUGUAGCUGCUGUUUAUAUCACAUAGCCAUAUGCCAUAUAUACAUUUAAAUGUUCAACAGAGUAGCAAAAAAGAAUGCAUUUAUUGUGUAUCUGCUGUCUUCCCUGUUCUUUGUAAAGGUGUAAAAAAUAAAAGAACUUCUUUUUUCCUUCA